ACUACACACCACACCAUCGGAGGAGACACACGCCGCAUCCCACAUCCAACGCCGCCGCCGCCGCCGCCCCGCCCCGCCGUCGGCGUCAUGCUCCACCUCCGGCAGCGCGUCCUCUCCCAUCUCCUCUCCGCCGCUCCCCAUCCUUCCACCUCCAUACUCCUCCCUUUCCAGCGCCUCCUCUCAGCCGCCGCGUCCGCCAUUUCCCCGAACCCUAGCUUCGCCGUCGAGGAGUACCUCGUCUCCACCUGCGGCCUCACCCGUGCGCAGGCACUCAAGGCCUCCGCCAAGCUCUCCCACCUUAAGUCCCCCGCCAAGCCCGACGCUGUCCUCGCCUUCCUCGCCGGCCUAGGCCUCUCCGGCGCUGAUGUCGCGGCCGUCGUCGCUAGGGACCCACAGAUCCUCUGCGCCAAAGUGGAGACAACCCUGUCCCCCAUCGUCGCUGGGCUCACCGGCCUCGGCCUGUCAAAUGCUGAGAUUGCGCGCCUCGUCUCGCUCGCCCCCGCCCACUUCCGCUGCAGAUCCGUCGUCUCCAAGCUAGAGUACUACCUUCCACUCUUCGGCCCCAUCGAUAACUUGCUCCGGCCGCUCAAACAUGUCCUCCGCUCUGACCUCGAGAGGGUGGUCAAGCCAAAUGUCAAGCUCCUAGCAGAGUGCGGGCUAAGUGCUUGUGAAAUUGCCAGGCUGUUCAUCGGUGCGCCGAGGAUGUUUACCGCCAAACCAGGGCGCGUCCUGGCGAUGGUUGCGUGCGCCGAAGGUAUAGGUGUGCCCCGUGGCUCUGGAAUGUUCAGGCAAGCGCUGCAUGCCGUCUCAUACAUCAGCGAGGACAAGAUCGCUGCCAAAGUGGACUACUUGAAGAAGACGUUUAGGUGGUCGGAUGCCGAGGUUGGCAUUGCUGUGUCCAAGGGGCCGUUUAUACUGGCGAGGUCAAAGGACAUGCUGAAGCGCAGGUCCGACUUCCUUAUCUCUGAGGUGGGGUUGCAGCCGGCCUACAUUGCUCAUUGCCCGGCUAUGCUCACCUACAGCCUGGAGGGCCGGCUCAGGCCCCGCUACUAUGUUGUCAAAUUUCUCAAGGAAAAUGGAUUGCUAGAGCACGGGCGGGGCUACUAUACAACACUGGUUAAGACUGAGAAGGUUUUCAUGGAAAAGUUCAUCUGCCCACACAAGGAAGCCGCACCACACCUCGCUGAAGACUACGCGGCUGCUUGCAAAGGGGAAGUGCCGGCUAGAUUCAGAUUUACAUGAACCAAGAAUGGGCUAUGAAAAUUGGUAAACCGUGUACGGUGCAACAUAGUUUUCAUUGUGCAGGAAGCUGGUAAUUCCUAUUUUGGUAUACUUUGCCUAACUGGAUGUUGGUUGUCUGCUCUGUUAGAUGCUGGUAUGGUCAUUGCCAACGCUUGAUGAUAUAAAACUGAUAAUUUCAAUCC